UUAUUGGGCUGCCACAAUUAGCUUGCUCUUCCCAAUUUCUUGGCAACAAAGUAGCUCCCUUCUUCACACCAAUGACACCUCCAAAUUUUAAGAUAAUACGGCCGCAUACCAAGUUUUAAAAUGAUGGGAAAAUAGGUUUAGAAACGGUCAUCAGGAAAGCACCUCUGCUUAAAAUCGCAUUACAAAGUAAACCACCCUUGAGGUUCACCAGGUUACCUAUCUACCCCAAAAUCAUUUCCCCGAGUUUCACCGGAAAGCUAGGGGAAAGAAGUUGAAGGGAGUUGGGCAAAGGCGGAAUGUGCCAACAAGACAGUGAAAUCCACGCAAGCACGUGGAAGGGCUGCUCCCACAGCCCCGGGGGCCUCUUUUCAUUCCUGUUGCGUCUCUUUGAUUUUGGAGUUUUGCUGGCUUUGCAGAAAUGCAGAAAUGCAUUUGUAAAAAGUACUGAAGGGACUCUUCAGUGAACAUUCGCCCACACUGCUGCACACUUAGAAUAUGGGAGCUUUAAAAACAACUAUUUCAGUGGCGUUUUCAGCUCUGGGCACGAGACGCAACAGUUCCCAGAGAUGGAUGGUGCUUCCAUUUCUGUCUGUAUGCUGGUGCUUUACAGUUAAAUCGAGGACUCCUGUUUGACUCAUUCGUGUAAAUAGAUGUCUAGGGUUGUCCCUGUUGUUGGGGGUGGGGGGGGCGUGAUACACAAAAGACUUUCACAGAACUUCUGGUCUCUUGACAAGUCCCUUUUCCUAAGUGACCGUUAAAUGUCUUCACUUCCAGAACUCUGAGAAAUCAGGCUUUCUUUGUGAAUUUGCACCUCAGAAAGAAUGGAGGAAGGCUCCAGUUCUCCGGUCUCUCCCGUGGACAGCUUGGGCACCAGCGAAGAGGAGCUGGAGAGGCAGCCCAAGAGGUUUGGCAGGAAGAGGAGCUACAGCAAGAAAUCCAGCGAAGAUGGCAGCCCCACCCCGGGCAAGAGGGGGAAGAAGGGCAGCCCCAGCUCGCAGUCCUAUGAGGAGCUGCAGAGCCAGAGGAUCCUGGCCAACGUCCGGGAGAGGCAGAGGACGCAGUCCCUGAACGAAGCCUUCGCAGCCCUGCGUAAGAUCAUCCCCACUCUGCCCUCGGAUAAACUCAGCAAAAUCCAGACCCUGAAGCUGGCCGCUAGGUAUAUAGACUUCCUCUACCAGGUGCUGCAGAGCGACGAGAUGGACAAUAAGAUGACCAGCUGCAGCUAUGUGGCCCACGAGAGGCUCAGUUACGCCUUUUCCGUGUGGAGGAUGGAAGGCGCGUGGUCCAUGUCGGCAUCCCAUUAGCUCAGCACCCCAGACUCCCGAGAAGCCCAGCUGCUGAAGGGACUGUCCGGCGUGUCUGAGGGUGAAGUGGAAUUGGGACAUCUCCAAGUUCAUAACUUCUGAAACCUUAACAACCUCAAGGAAUCUGGUCCAUAAGACCUUGCUUGACCUCGCAGCUCUGAGCUCCUGCAGAGCACUGAGACUGAGUGGAAAAACAGCCCCGAAGCUAAGCAGUCUUCGAAAGCUUUCCCACAUCUCUCCUGAGGGACGUUCCCCCAGUACCGAUCUGUGUCCCGGCCAUCCUUGCUGUUCCUGCUGUUUGUUGUGGAUGCAUGUCAUUGUUUUGAUUGUUCUGAGUUCGGGCUGCUUUGUUUAGUUUCCUGAAAACCUUCAGAUUCAGGAACACAUAUAAGAGAAAUCUUGGUUUUGGAAUUGUUUUUCCUUUUACUGUGUUCUUUUUUUAAUGUAUAUUUUUUUAAUGAAAGAAAGAUGACUUCUUGUACAGUUCUGUUUAAACUGGACCAAGGCUCACAGAAGAAGGGGUUGCCUCCACCCCGGCCCUUCCUCCUCCCGUGAUUCUUGCAUGAUUUCGAGUAAGCCUGGCAUUCAGACUCUCAGACGCUCCCCCCCUUUCUCAAUCCUCCCCAACUUGCUCAGCUCAUCAGUUCUGUUUUUUUGGUAUUUUCUAUUUCAAUGUAUAUGUUGCUUAUUUGUUUUAUUUAUUGAGAUAUUUUUAACAAGCUAAGAGAUGGCAAUUUUGCUGUGUAUACUGCUUCUCUUGCCAAUAACAAAUAAAGAAGCCAUGCAGUUGCUUGUC